AUGCUGCGGCCCAAUGUAUUUGGAUAUGCAGAUGACAGCACAGUUGUGGAGUGUUACUUUUCCAAUGCGCUUGCUUCUAGGCACUCGAUCGAAGCUGAAAGGGAAGCCAUGAUUGUGCGCCUAAAUAACACCUUAAAGGAAAUCUCCAAUUGGGGUGACGCCAAUCUUGUGAAAUUUAAUUCCUGUAAGACACAAGCGUGUUUAUUCACAGCUAAAAAAAGCACACUCCAACUAACACCAUCUUUUCGUGACGUGCCUAUCGAAGUAUCUGACCAUCUUGAGUUGCUUGGCCUCUCCGUCUCAUCGAACCUUAAUUACGGUCAUUUCAUUAAAUCUAAAGCUCAACUUGCUGCCAAAAAGCUUGGAAUUCUGGCCAAAGUAAAGCAAUAUUUCACACCUGACCAGCUCCUCAGACUGUACCAUGCUCAAGUGCGGUCCUGUGUGGAAUAUUGCUGCCACAUAUGGGCUGGCACUGCAAAAACCCACCUUCAAGCUCUAGAUUCAAUUGAGAAACGCGCGAAAAGACUUAUAGCCGAACCUAAACUAAUAACCAAAAGUUUUGGAUCUCUAGAACACCGUAGAAGAAUAGCCUGCCUUUCUAUCUUUUACCGGCUGCACUUUGGUGAAUGUGCAUCCGAGCUGCACAAUCUUAUUCCACCAUCUCCAUUCCACUAUAGAACCUCGCGAAGAGCGGCCGGCUUUCACCCGUUCGUAGUAGAUAUACCUCGAUUACGCACUAAACGCUUUGAAAGAUCUUUUUUAAUUCAAACUGCGAAGGAGUGGAACUCCCUCCCGCCUUCUGUGUUCCCUGAGAACUAUAAUUUGGAACUGUUUAAAACCAGAGUGAAUAGGCUCUUCCAGGACAGGCAUCAUUUGCGAUCGACCGCAUCCACGCUUACCACCAGGCGGGAUCGCGGUCAAAUGCCUGCUCUGUUAUGA